CUCAAAACCGCGACCCUAUAUACGGACGGCGCACACCACGCGAGCCGCGGCAAAGGCACAGAGAAGAGAGGGGACAACAGUCAAAAGCGAGCGAGGCGGAAGAAAUCCCUUGAGAUGGACGCGCGACCGCGACGGGCAUCGUCCUCGCCGGCGGCGGCGACGGCGGCCUUCUCCCUGCUGCUCCUGUUCCCCAUGCUCCAAGGGAGCCAGGCGUCGGCGCACGGCAACGAUUCGGUCGCCUGCGGCAUGACGGCGCUGCAGAAGCACGCGGCGUUCUUCGACGGCGACAAGGACGGCGUCGUCACCUUCUCCGAGACAUACGCAGCGUUUCGGGCCCUCGGAUUCGGAUACGCCGCCUCCACCUUGAGCGCUACCUUCAUCAAUGGCGUCCUUGGCCCCCAGACCAGACCGGAAAAUGAGACGGCGCGCUAUUCUAUCUACAUCGAGAACAUCCACAAGGGUAUCCAUGGAAGCGAUUCAGGCGCAUAUGACUCCCAAGGAAGGUUCGUCCCGGACAAGUUCGAGGCGGCGUUCGCCAAGCACGCCAAGACGGUGCCCGACGCCCUGACGUCCGCCGAGGUGGACGAGCUGAUCACCGCGAACCGGCAGCCCAGCGACUACGCAGGAUGGGCGGGCGCGUCGGCGGAGUGGAAGAUGCUGUACAGCAUCGGCAAGGACAAGGACGGGCUCCUCCGCAAGGACGCCGCCAGGGGCGUCUACGAUGGCAGCCUCUUCGCCAGGGUGGUGCAGGAGCGGAGGACGUCGUCGCAAGAAGAAACCCAGGCAUGAUGGGUUGUUCGGUUCAUCGGAGGGCGUCACUGUCCCAAGCGAUGGAGGCCAGUCUGAACACUCGAGUCCGUCCGAACUGAUGCGUCGCUGGCUAGGUACAGAGCAUUACGUACGAGUAAUAAUUACUUAUCCGGUGUGAUUGGUUCGUCGCGUCACGCCGUCACGGUCUGUCGCCACAUAUAGCUAUCGGACAGUAGUAGUACUACUGCUAAAUUAAUGUUAAAAUAGGCCUGUGUGAACGGGUGUGAACGCAUGUGAACGGAAUCUUGGGAUGGGGCCGAUGUUCCUCUUGUUUGUA